GUUUAUCUAAUCGAAAGUAAGUCAUUCGAACAAAGACAAUCAUGAGGCUAGUUUGCAUUUUUUGGCUGUGCUUUGUUAUUAAUUCAACUUACGGACGAAGUAUUGGUAACGGGUAUAAUUCGACAAUCGAAUCGGAACCAAUUUCUGCGACGUGGACAGAUUUCCAAAUUCGUCAUGUAGUUAGCAGCGACCAAGGAAGUGAGGCAAACUGGAAUGCCUACUUCCGUCGACAGUUACCGAGUCAAUAUGGAAUUAAAAGUGUAAAUUCUUUCAUUGUGAAUUCAGCCGGUGUAAUUUCAGGAAAUUUCCCAUCUGGGGUGCCACAGUAUACCGGUGGUUCAGCAAGCAACUUGUACUGGAGCUCAACACGACAACAUAUUUUCGUGUUAACUCUAUCGGGUUCUCCUGGACAACCACAUCCAAACUACAAUGUGUAUGAUUGCGGACAAAAAUACUAUGUCGCUGGAUUGGACAUGGUAACAAGGCUGCCUGUUCACUAUCAAGGUCAUUCGACCACUCAAGGGCCUAGGAUCGAUCAAAUAACUGCCGGAUGUACUAAAGUAAUGGCAAACGAUCUACUUUGCCAAUUAGGUGAAACAAUUGAUGGCAGGCGUACGGAGUGUAUAUCUGUAAUUGUUUCGGGCACUUUGCUCGGUCUUGUUAUUGUGGCAUUUUUACUUGUUGCUGUACUUUUGAGUAAACGUGGAGUCAUAGGCAAUAAUACCUCAACAAAUGAACACAGUCCGCUGAUUGGUAGCGAUGGUCCGAGUUAUGGAAAUCCACAAAUUACCUAAAUACCUCAAAAGAGGAAAAGGUGACGCUAGUCCUGUAAAUAUUAAAUUUCCAAAAUAUUUGAUAUCAAUAAGCCUAAACGUAAUAAAUUUCAACCAAGAACAUUUUAA